GUAGGACUUGCAAUUUGAAGAUAUCAGCUGAAAGUGUGUUAUCUUUCUUGAAGAGCAAGAGAACUUGGAAUCUUUUGAAUACUACCUGAGACAGAGCUUUUUCUAAUGGUAUUUAUGCAUUAUUCACGAAUGAAUUUCCAAUUUUAGACUUAUACGAUUGACUAUCUCUUCUUUUCCAGAUGCAAGGACAUCUUGCAAUUCCCAGAUAAUACUUAUGGAGAAUUGUACAGAAGUUACAAAGUUCAUUCUUCUAGGACUAACCGAUGCCCCAGAACUACAGGUCCCCCUCUUUAUCUUGUUUACCCUCAUCUACCUCCUCACUCUGUGUGGGAACCUGGGGAUGAUGCUGCUGAUCCUGCUGGAGUCUUGUCUCCACACACCCAUGUACUUCUUUCUCAGUAACCUGUCUCUGGUGGACUUUGGAUACUCCUCAGCUGUCACUCCCAAGGUCAUGGCUGAGUUCCUUACAGGAGACAAGGUCAUCUCCUACAAUGCAUGUGCUGUUCAGAUGUUCCUCUUUGUAGCCUUGGCCACUGUGGAAAAUUACUUAUUGGCCUCAAUGGCCUAUGACCGUUAUGCAGCAGUGUGCAAACCCCUAUACUACACCACCACCAUGACAGCCAGUGUAUAUGCUUGUCUGGCCCUAGGCUCUUAUGUCUGUGGCUUCCUAAAUGCCUCAUUCCACAUUGGGGACAUAGUCAGUCUCUCUUUCUGUAAGUCCAAUCUGGUACAUCACUUUUUCUGUGAUGUUCCAGCAGUCAUGGCUCUGUCUUGCUCCGAUAAACACAUUAGUGAGGUGAUUCUGGUUUUUAUGUCAAGCUUUAAUAUCUUUUUUGCUCUUUUAGUUAUCUUGAUCUCCUACCUGUUCAUAUUCAUCACCAUCUUGAAGAUGCAUUCAGCUAAGGGACACCAAAAAGCGUUGUCUACCUGUGCCUCUCACCUCACUGCAGUCUCCAUCUUCUAUGGGACAGUCAUCUUCACGUAUUUGCAGCCCAGCUCCAGCCACUCCAUGGAUGCAGACAAAAUGGCAUCCGUGUUCUAUGCUGUGAUCAUCCCCAUGUAGAACCCUGUGGUUUAUAGCCUGAGGAAGAGAAGUCAAGAAUGCAUUCAAGAAAGUGUUGAGAAGGCAAAAAUUUCUGUAAGAUUGGAACUUUAACAUUGCUGCAUACACAAAAAUGUUGUUUCACUGAUCUCAGACCUUCCUCAUGCAAUGAGUUACAUUUGAAACACCACAAUACAUUUGUUUAUGAGGUGAUAUUCUUACCUCUUUAGAAGUCAAUUAUUUAAUAAAAAGAAAACAUUCUCAGAAAUGUAACACCUGAAUGUGGAAGGCUAAAGGGAAUUAUUAGAAUUUUUGGAAGUCACAGGUCACACCUUACUAAUGACAUUUGGUUUAUUCACUUGUUCCACUUGCAUUUUCUCUCUCACAUUCCAAUGCAAACAUACUUGUUAAACAGGAACACCAGCAAGUCCUCUUGUGGGCACAUUCUCAUCUUGUCUGAGAUCUUAGAGGAAGAGCUUUCAACUCUUUCUCAUUCAAUACAAUGCUGGCUGUGGAUUUAUUGUAUGUUGCCUUUGUUAUGUGAAGCUAUAGUCCUUCUAUUCCUGAUUUGUUGAGGUUUUUAUCAUGAAGCGAUGUUGAAUUUUGUUGAAUGCUUUUUCUGCAUCUAUUGAA